AUGGCUAUCUCUGAAGUUGCAGACUCCCUCCAAUCUCUUACCAUCGACAAUAAAGCUUCUUCUUUUUCUCUUUCUGCUGCAACCCAACCUGACAUUGAAUAUCACCCCAAUGAAGAAAAAUGGAAAGCCAGAACAGCACGGCGACUAGCUCAGGACCCCUCUCUCCCCAAGUCCCCGUUGCAAGAGGGUUUCCCAACUCGGCUUGAAUCACCUCUCGUAUGGGAAGGGAAGGACUUGAAGGACGAAUUGGAGUGGGUGUACAACCUCACCCCAGAGCACCUGAAAGAGAUUGAUGACGCAGUUCAUCACUUCCAUAGCUUCUCUAAACCCCUAGGGCAACUAUCCAGCACCACGUUCCCCCUUCCCACUCUUGGCCCAAUUCUUUCCACCCUUGCACGUGCCCUGCACACAGGACGCGGCUUCUUUGUCCUGCGUACCAUCCCCGUCUCAUCCUACUCCCGUGAAGACAACAUAAUAAUUUACGCCGGUAUCUCAUCACACGUCGCAUCCUUACGCGGCGUGCAAGACCUCAACGCUGGAGUCCUAGCACACAUCAAAGACCUCUCCAAAACCCACUCGGCAAAAACCAUCGGCGCACCAGCCUAUACCACCGACAAGCAGGUGUUCCACACCGACGUUGGCGAUAUCGUUGCCCUCUUCGCAUUGGAGACCGCCCACGAAGGCGGUGUAUCCAGGAUCAGUAGCAGUUGGCAGGUAUACAACAAAUUAGCAGAGACAAGACCGGAUUUAAUCAAGACUUUGUCAGAGGACUGGCCUUUUGACGGAUUCGGUGGCGACCCUCCAUACACGCUCCGCCCCGUCCUAUUCCACCACGAUUGCAAAAUAAUAAUCCAAUACGCACGAAGGAACUUCACAGGUUUCCUUGGCCUCCCUCGAUCGACCUCAAUCCCACCUCUAACCGAAGCCCAAGCCGAAGCUCUCGAUACUAUUCAUUUCCUCGCGGAGAAAUACAAUUUGGGGCUCAAUUUCCAGAAGGGUGAUAUUCAGUACAUCAAUAAUUUGAGCGUUUUUCAUGCGAGGGAUGGGUUUGUCGAUACUCCUGAGAAGACACGCCAUCUUCUGCGUCUGUGGUUGAGGAACGAGGAAUUGGCAUGGAAGCUCCCUGAGAAGCUCGAGCCGAUUUGGAAGAGGUUGUAUUACUCUGCGACGCCUGACGAGCACCGAUUCCCUGUGGAGCCUGAGAUUCGCGCGGCUUCAAAGGGAUAUGCAACGUAA